AGUGAUAGUAGCAAGAGGUGAUGGCUCCUACUUUGUGUUAGACCUGGUUCAAAUGCCUGACAUCUCCACUCAUUAAAUCCUUGCAACAACCCCAUGGUGUGGGUAGUAUUAUCAGCUUCAUUUUACAGCUGAGGAACCAGAUACAGAGAGGUGAAAGAACUUGCCCAAGGUCACAAAAUCAGCCAGUGGCAAAGCCAGACCUGGAAUCCAGGCAGUUUGAGUUUAAAGUCAUUUAACCACCACCACAAAUGCCUCCUGUUUGUUGCUAGAGUCAUUGUGGGCUGUGGGACCAUAGCUACCUUCCUGGGUUGGUUUCUGCCUCCAGUUAGGCCCAGAUUUGCCUUGAGGAUAAAGAUGGGGAGGGCAGCUGCUCCUCUCCAACUCUGCCUUCCACACGCCUCCUGCUGUCAGAGUCCCUGCUGGAUCCUCUCCUUCCUUCUACCCAGUCUAGCCCAGCUCAGCUUCCCCACCCCGCCUGUCCUCUCUAGGCUCCAGCCCCUUUGGGCACUCUCUUCCUUCCAUCUCAGGCCCUCCCUCUUCCCCUCCUGCAGGAAGCCCUCUGUGACCCCUUGAGGCCUCAGUUUACCUGUUCCUUAUUUGCCCUUAUUCAGCACCCUCCUCACUGGACUGGGAGCCGUCCGCUCCUCUCUUGGGGUCUCUACUCCCUUGGUGCCCUGAUGUAGUAGGCCACGGGGGUGGAAGGCAUGGCUGCGGCAUGGCUCCUGGACAGGUGGGCUGUUCCUGCCAUGAGGGUCUGGUAAUAGCCAGGCAAGUGAUGUGUCCUCUGACCACAGUGGAGCUGGGCCUCCUCCCGCCACAGCCAGUGCUGCUGGCCUGGGCUCCCAGAAUCGUAGCCUGAGGGAGCUGCCAGGAGCCUUUUGGAUCAGCUGGGCUCUGAUCCAGAGAAGGGGAUGGAGGCCAGGGGGAGGGGCUUGUCCUGGGUCACACAUCAACUUGGUGGCCAAACUUCCCAGAGAGGCCCUUCUGAUGGCUGCUGCCUGCUCUGGGCCUUCAUGGGAUCCCUGUUCCUCUGGAAUCGAAGUGCCAGAAAAUUGGACUCUGUGAUGGGAUUUAGAAGACACCAGGUGGGAAGCCACCAGCGGAGUGGCAGGGGAUGAUCUCUGGCCCAGAAGUUAAGACUCAGAGGACAUGUUUCUCGGGGAUGGACAAUGAGUAAUCAUUCUGAAAGUGCAGCAGGGGGCCAAAAAGACCAUCUCCCGUACUCUCUGGGGGAGGAAUACUCACUUUCCACGUGGAAACAGGGGAUUUCCUUGUCAGUGAAGAAACUGUGGCCUAGACAGAGGGGAAUGAGGAGCAGGAGUCCCAUGACUGCAAAUAUCGCAGGGAAUUGUAUCUUCUUCAAGCUACAAUCAGAGACAGAGUCUCACUUUGUUGUCCUUGGUAGAGUGCUGUGGCAUCACAUCUCAAAGCAACCUCCAGCUCUUGGGCUUCCUGAUACUCUUGCCUCAGCCUCCCAAGUAGCUGGGACUACAGCAGGGGCACAGAGAAGCUCACAGAUGUGUAUACGCAUCCACAAAGUGUCCCGAAUACACAGGAGUGCCCCUUCCUCUACAGGGACCAAGAAAAUAAGUAGAAAUCAGCUGGGCACAGCUGUAGUCCCAGCUACCUGGGAGGCUGAGGCAAAAGGAUUGCUUGAGGCCAGGAAUCGGAGGUUGAUGGGAGCCACGGUAGGUCCAGCCACGAUGUCCGUCCACUUCAGCUCUCGCUCCACAGCCUUCCCGGGCCGCGGCGCCCAGGUGCACCUGAGCUCAGGGCGCCGGGGCGGCUUCAGCAGCAGCAGCAGCCUCUAUGGCCUGGGCGCCUCGCGGCCGCGCGUGGCAGCGCGCUCCGCCUAUGCGCGCCCGGUGGGCACCGGCAUCCGCGAGAUCACCUUCAAUCAGAGCCUGCUGGCCCCGCUGAGGGUGGACAUCGACCCCUCCAUUCAGCAGGUGCGCCAGGAGGAGCGCGAGCAGAUCAAGACCCUAAACGACAAGUUCGCCUCCUUCAUCGACAAGGUGCGGUUCCUGGAACAGCAGAACAAGCUGCUGGAGACCAAGUGGGCUCUGCUGCAGGAGCAGAAGUCUGCCAAAGGCAGCCGCCUCCCACGUGUGUUUGAGGCCCAGAUCGCAGGCCUGCGGGGGCAGCUGGAGGUGCUGCAGGUGGAUGGGGGCCGCCUGGAGGUGGAGCUUCAGAGCAUGCAGGAUGUGGUGGACAACUUCAAGAAUAAGAGCCAAAGGCCAGAGCUUGGGCUGGGUCCCACCUUGGCACAUCUGCCCAGUAGCAGUAGGAUGGGGGUAACAAGGUUCAGAGUGCCUUCUGGAGAAAUCAGAGUGAGCUCCAGGUGGGGGCUGGAGAAGAGGCUAGAAGGGGCCAGGAGGGCGGGAGAGGAGCCUGUGGACAGUGGCUGCAGGAACACCAGUCUGGCUAUUUGGGCAGCACCAAGGUAUGAAGAUGAAAUUAACUGUCGCACGGCUGCUGAGAAUGAGUUUGUGGUGCUGAAGAAGGAUGUGGAUGCUGCCUACAUGAACAAGGUGGAAUUGGAGGCCAAGGUGGAUGCUCUGAAUGAUGAGAUCAACUUCCUGAAGACUCUCAAUGAGACAGAGCUGACAGAGCUGCAGUCCCAGAUCUCGGACACGUCUGUGGUCCUGUCCAUGGACAACAGCCGCUCCCUGGACCUGGACGGCAUCAUCGCUGAGGUCCGUGUCCAGUACGAGGAGAUUGCUGACCGCAGCCGGGCUGAGGCUGAGGCCUGUUACCAGACCAAGUUUGAGGCCCUCCAGGCCCAGGCUGGGAAACAUGGGGACGACCUGCGGAACAUCCAGAAGGAGAUUGCAGAGUUGAACCGGGCCAUCCAGAGGCUGCAAGCUGAGAUUGACAACACCAAGAACCAGUUUGCCAAGUUGGAGGCUGCCGUUGCUGAGGCCGAGGAGCAUGGGGAACAGGCCCUCAAUGAUGCUCGUGCCAAGCAGCAGGAGCUGGAGGCUGCUCUGCGCCAGACCAAGCAGGACAUGGCCCGGCAGCUUCGUGAGUACCAGGAGCUGAUGAAUGUCAAGAUAGCCCUGGACAUCGAGAUCGCCACCUAUCGCAAGCUGCUGGAGGGGGAGGAGCAGAGGUUGACUGGAGAUGGAGUAGGAGCUGUGAACAUUGCCACGACCAUUGGUGGCAGCAGCAUGCUGACCUUCGGAGGAACCAUGGGCACCAAUGCCCUGAGCUUCUCCAGCAGUGCCGGGCCCAGGGCCCUGCAGGCCUUUUCCAUCAGGACUCCAUCCAUUGGCCGCAAGAGUGCCCGCAACUGAGUCUCAUUCCCCUGCCCACAGUCACAGGGAGACCCCCAUCCCUGCCUCCUUUGCCAGGUCUCACAACAGUCUGAAAAAUGAUAUCAGAAUACCUUACAAUAAAGCUGCCUCUUUGAGGCCUGACCCCUA